AUGCUUGAUGAUGCCGGUGACUGUCCAGAUCCCGGAGGAUUGGUAUUGGCAGCUUUACCUGCUUAUCCAGAGAGCCAACCCUUUCGAUCACCACAGAAGAGCCUCCAAAGGUUGUUGGUUGGCUUUUUUGUGAGAGGCAUCAUCAACAUGGCGGGCAAACAAGCAACGGAACAGGUGCAGGGCAAAGUGGUUUGCGAGAAUUGCGACAAGAGCACCCAAAAAGAUCUUCCUGACAACACAAUUGCAUCUUCAGGCAAUGCAUGCGGUGAUUUCUACCAGUCUGUCUCGGCCUGCAUGACGGAGAACAAGGGGCAGGUGUCUGCCUGUGCCAAGGAGUGGGACGCUUUCAGAAAGUGUCAUGACGACGACAAGCUGCGAAAGCAAUAGAGAAUUGUAAGCAGCGAUAGAGCAAGAAAAUUGAUACGGCUGGCUGUCAGGAGCAGGAGUUGUUAUGACGAAGGGCUUCGGCACCAGCUAGCUAGUAGCUAUAGUUGGUAGUCUACUGUACCGUAGCGCUACAGUAUCACCAUCGCGUAGAAUCUUGUACUAUUAUAGUGUUACAGAGUAACCCUUCGGUUUAUUGAAACCAUCAUAAAGCUCCAACCAUGACAGCGCAACGGAAUUGAUUUGAAAUAGGUGCCAUAGCACAGCCCGGAGCAUCCCCAAAAGUAAUAUACUGCAAGCCUAUCGAACAGGCAAAUUUGCUAUACGCGUCUUUCAACUUCAGCUUGAUGCUGGAGCAUCCUCCGAAAAGCGGUUUCCAGGCAAAAGCUAAAAAGAAAGAGAAAAGGAAAAGAAGACGCAACGUGAGUGCAGGUCCAAAGAGGACGGACGGACAAAAACAAAAGCGAG